CGCCUUGUUUUUGCAAUCUCGUUCUUUGAAUUGAUCUGUGAUAUUGAACUGCGGAAGUCUUACGGUACGAAAUUGAUUUCCUACGCAGUUAUAUGCGCGUCUGGAAAUAUGAUAGUGUCCGGUAAUACAAUACGUCACUAUGGCCUACCAUGCAUGAUACAUGAUCAGCUCGGCCAGCUUACCCGUCGGCCUUCGCUGAGCAGCAACGGUGCUGCAGGCAGCUGCGCUAGCUAAUGGAAUUGGAUCUGUUUUGGUGGACCUGUCAUAAGCCCAGGAUCAACUGGUCUGACCCUAACCUGUACUACUGUAUGGCUGUUAUUAUAUUUAAUCCAGUCUUCUGGAACUGUGUUGCAAGAUUGGAGUAUAAUAAGAAGGUUAUCAGCAGGCUUAUUGGUUCACCAAAUAGAGGAUGUAUGCUAUUGGCAGCUACCAUUGUAUUUCUUGCUCUAGUGAGAAGUAGACGAUUUCAGCUAGCUAUUGGUACUCAGUACAAAUGGGAACUUCUAGAAUCCAACUUGAUCUGGUUGAUAGGGGGAGGAUUAUUAGCUAUUGGGAUUAUUCUUGUCAUAUCGAGUUUCUUUGCAUUAGGAUUUUAUGGAACAUAUCUAGGUGAUUAUUUUGGUAUUUUGAUGGAAGAGAAAGUGACUUCCUUUCCAUUUAACAUUGUCAAUGAUCCUAUGUAUGUUGGUUCUGUACUGGAACAUCUUGGCAUUGCACUUCAGUCUGCAAGUCCAACAGGUUUAUUAUUAACAACUAUCCUGGCAAUCAUGUACAUCAUAGCAAUGCAAUUUGAAGGGCCUUUUACAGCUGAAAUAUAUGCACAGAAAGCACUGGAGGAAAGCAAGAAAAACAAAUAAUAUUGUUUUCAAUUCAUCUAUAAAGAAAAUACCCCCUGUUCAAUUUUCAGAAGUUUAACAUGUAAGCAUUAGCAAAAUUAAAAUAGCUGAAACUUCAGCAGAUAUCUGUCAUUAUAUCAAAAUAUUUGUUCUUGAUAUGUUGAUCUAAUUCAUAAUGUUUAAUAACUAGCUCUCUGUCAUGUUUAAAUUGUACAAUUUAGAAUUUGCUUUCUGUUUUAAAGGUAUGUUUUUGUAGCAUUUUUGUGCUAUUUUUUUGGUAUUUACACCAAUGCUAUCCAACCAUUCAAAAGGAGAAGAGGAAAGAAAUAAACAGCAACAGUACUUAGAUGCGAUAAUAUAUUAAACUUAUUAAUGAUUGUACAUUUAAAAAUUCCAACAUGCAUGAAUGAUUUUUUAUUAGUUUGUACACAACCUUUUGUACAAAAUCAAACCAAGUAUAAUUAUGAAAACAAUUCAGUUUAGUAAAUUAAUUGCUGUGAGAGUUUUACUAUGAUUUAAAAGACAUAGUCUACAGUAACUUAAAAUAUGUUGAUUGUAACUGUACUGUUGGCUGCAUAACCUCUGUUUAUUACUACAUGUGACAAGGUUUGAUUUAUGAAUUUUGCUUAAUGGUUUUGAAUGUCAAGUUGUAACAGACAUGGAAACAGUUGGGAUUUCUUGAUUGGUUUUGUGUUGGAUUUUGUGCUGAUGAUGUUGAUGUUACCAUUAAUAUCAAAAUGUAGAAAACUUUCUCAUCACCUUGUAAAACAGUAAAAUGAAGAAAAUGUGAACUUACAAUUCUUCUUUGUGAAUUUAAUCCAUUUUUUCUCAUGAUAUGUGUAAGCCCAAUGAUGUCUUCCUAAGGAGCAUGAUUAAGGUUUUAAUAAUUGUUCAUUAGUGUGACUUAUACAUGUAUAUAUUGAUUUAGUAAUGUCAUGAAAAAUAAUAAUUUAGCUUUUAAAUUGCUUAUUACCAUUCAAGGAAUGAAUAUUCAUGCCAAGCAUAAAUUUACUACACAAGGGUUGAAUGCAGCAUAUAGAUUAUUUUUAUACUAACAGAAAUCUAUACUCUUGAUUAAGAUAAUAAUAUGCCCAAAAAGCUAUCAAUUAAGAUUGUAUCCUGAGUUGGUCACCACAUUCCAUUCUUUGAAAAUAGACAAAAGGAAAAGAAAAAGAAAAAUAAUCAUAAUAUUUUUUUUUCAAUUUGAUGUUUAGAUUACAUCUUUAACAAAACAUGAUUUUAUAUGAUAUAAUCAUAUAUAAUUUAUAUGACAGUGAAUUCACACUUUAAGAUGUUUGUUUUAGAUAUAUAUAGGUUUUAAUUUAUUCUUUUACAAAGUUUGCUUAUUCUACACAGACUAAAUUUUAUAUAUGCUGUACAUUUACCCUGAAAAAAUAUGUUAUUAUUCAGAGUUUGAAAAUGUUGGUAACAAACUUGUGAUUGAAAUGUACUUUCUAUUUCAAAUCAACUUUGAUCUGUUUGAAAACCUUGGGAAUGUCUGUUUUUUAUGAAAUUCAUUGGAAUAACAUAGCAAUUUUAGUGAAUGAACAAGUUUGGAAGAAAACUGUUGUUAUGAUAUUUUGUAUGGAAUUUACAUUGAGAAAGCAUUUUUUAUGAUUAAAAAAAUGGUAAUCAUCAUAUUUGUAAUAUUUUUUAUUAAAAGAAUAUGAAG